CAACAGGCUCAACAAACAGGGCAGCCAGGGCAAGACAUUUCUGCGCCUCACACUCCUCGAACGCCACCCUCUGUUCCUUCAUCUGUAUCUCAACCAGAUCUUCACAGUCCCCCUCCGACAGUGUCGCAGACUACUAAUAUUAACAGUCCAAAUCUUACUUUAGUGAUGCCUCCUCAACCAAUGGCUCAUGUUUCAGCAGGUCCACAUGUCUUGGGUCUUCCUUCAGUGUGUCAAAAUGGACAGACUUUACGGAUUCCUCGCCACGAAGAUCUUCAGCAACAACAGCACCAACAGCAGCCUUCAGCACAUCAGGAUCGGCCUGGUGGUUCUGGUUUGUGUGAGCCUGCUCCUGUCCUAGGAUGCAUGCUGCCUCCUAUGCCUUCUCCACAUGAUCCUCUGUUUCGUCAGCAUCACACAGACUUACUAAGAGGAGCAGGCUUAUACGCAGAGACAAGGGCUCCUGCACGCACCCAGGGUAAUCCUUCUGGGAUGCGUCAGGAGGUGGCAUGAGGCUACGAGGCGUGGGAAUCCACAUUACCACCAGACAGUGGUUUUUAAUGAUUGUUUUAUUUGACUGUCUACAUGGUGCUGUUUUGUAGUUUCUGAAUGAAGUUGCAAAGUAAGAUUGUUGCUGAGUUGUGUUCAAAGAACUAUGGUGUAGAAAACUACUAACAUCUUCUGUAAUCCUUCUCCCUUUACAUAUGUUAUUCAGUUACAACAAAUGGGCCAUAUAUUUUGUGUAUGAAUUUGUUGUGUGUUUCAGAGUGACUGGUUUGAAGUGAACUCAACAGCAUUGGUUAUUCAUGGCUGUUAGAACAGCAAGCAGUUAAAAUCCACGCUUAGACACCGUACCUAAAUGUAAUUUAACAUAAAUUUUGAUAGUGUUAUUUCCUCCAUAUAUCUAAUGCUUAUACUGCCAUGACUUUGACAGCUGAAAUUAACUGGUGUAUCCUUGCUACUGUAACAGUAAUUAUAUUACAAUGAAUUGUUUGGAUCAGAGCUAAGUAUGUUAAAACAAGACCAGCCAUAGGAAGAUGAGUUUGACAUUGAGGCAGAUGAGGCCCUAAAUGACAUCCUACUUACAGUCAGAAUUAAAAGUACUUUCAUAAUACGUAAAAUGUGAUUGUAGAAUUUAAAGGCCAGCAAGUUCUUCUAUAUUUAGUUGCAUAAUUCGUUUAUACAAGAAGUUUUGGAACAGUUUUAAAUACCACAUUUCUAACCUUGAUAGAAUAUUGAUCAUUGUAUCACUUUCAUGAAAAAUUAAAUGUAUUUGGCAUCAUGAUAUGGGGAACUUUAAUCGUGUUUUCUGCAAAAAAUAUGCAUUGGUUGAAAUAUUACUAAAGGGCAUUUUUUCUCAAUGUCAAUCAGUGAACCGUGUGGUGGAGUCUGCAGCACUAAUAUCCCUACUGUUUUGCUAGAUUGCAUAUAAUUUUAAUUGCAUUUUCCAUGCAGAAUUUUAUCAAGGGGCGUUGACACCUCGGUGUUCAUCAAGGAGCGCUGUGCUAGAUUAUGCAGAUAUGCAUACUGCAUUGCCACAUCUCAUUCAAAUUUAAUCUCAUUUUAUGUGAAAAUUGUGUGUGGGUUGAAAAUUAACAAGAGACAUUGUCUCAGUGUUCAUUAAGGAGGCUAUAGGUGGUGGAGUCCAUAGAAUAUUUCCACGUCAUGUUCAGCUGUAAUCAAACUUGACUUUCUGGAUAAAAUUGUACAUAAAUUUCACAAGUAAAUUUAGUAUUUUGUGUUGCAUUGUAGGUAGACUUAAAAAGAGUCAAAAUAAAUUUUUUGUAUUUAAGACAGUGCAAGUCCUUAGCCAUCUACAAGCCAAAAAAUAUAAAUAACACAUAGAAUAAUGUAACACAUUUUCAUGAAAGUUAAUAAUGCAUUCUAGAAAAAAGUAGAAUAUUUUCAUGAACGUAGAUGUGAAUGCCAAGCCGUUAUGGCUUUUUUACUCUUAAUGUUACUGACUUGGCAGCUGUGUGGACUAUUGAGGUGACAACACUAUUGGAACUAUUUAUCCAUUUAGAGACAUCUUGUGUCAUGCUAUUGAUCUUAGCAAUAUGAGAAAUUGUGCUUUCAGUUCUGUUAAUAUAAUCUAUUGGGUGAGGUCACACACUAAUACUUGACCCACUGUUUGAAAUUUCAUCCAAGCAAUUCACAUUGGGCAUAAUAACGAAGUGACAGCCUCAGAAUUUCAUAAGUAAUUUCAGUAAUGCAUCUGAGUAAUAAUUUUAUUUAUUUAUAAUUUAUUUAACCAAGCUGUCAGUAGCUCAGGCUGAAUUGGAUGGAAUGAUAGAAUGAUUGGUGGAUAAUGAACUGGUGGGAAUUUGGAAGGUAGUUAUGACCUAAAUUGAGGUACUGCCCCAGUGUUUUCCUGGAGUAACAGGAAAAU